AGAACUGGAAGCCAGCCCGCGUUGCUUUGAUAUAAAAUUAUGAAAUUUUGCAUGAAGCAGAAACGGAUAGCAUUAUUUUUACUACUGACGAAAAGGAUUGCAAUCGAAUCUUAUGCGCUGUAACGCUUCUGCCGGGAUGGACGAAAUUUUGUCCGAUAAAUGAAAUCCUAAAAUAGAGCAACGCGGCGCCUAACGGGACCCUAACCCUUCCUUAUAAUAACUAAUGUGCUCGAAUCAGACCGGUUCCGGUGAUAAUGUGCAUGUGUCCAGGCGGUGCUUGGGCUUGGAUUUGACCAAGUAUGGGCCGGUAGCAGCCUCACGGACUGCCUGUCAGAUCUGAUGAAGCCCGCGGUGGAGGGGCGUGUGACUCCUCUACCCCAGCCUAAGACUUCUUCUCCAGUCCCAGCCUAGGACUUCUUCUCCACCCCAGCCGAGGGUUUCUCCAGCGCCGGUGACGUGCGCUCGGGGGGGGAUGAACUUAAUUCAGUUCUUCAAAGGAAGGAUUGACUGUCUUCGUCUUCUUUAACCUCCUGACUGCUUGCUCUGCUCUGCUCUGCUCACCCCGCCCAGCGCUGCUCUCAGCAGACCCCUGUUUGAUCUGGGUUGUCACACUCUCCUCCAAGUCUUAAGGAAACGGCAGCAGCAGCAGGAGCAGCACGGUGCUCUCAUUUACUGAUAAAAAAGGGAACUGUGUAUCCCAGGGCUGAUCUGUCUCCUCGUCCACAGCACAGAGCCUACUUGUGCUCAUUCUAAGCUCCGGCGUCUGGAAAGCGUUUUGUCUUUUGGGGAGCGCAACUGAUCAUACGCCUCCUGUCCCGUCCGGUGACACACCAGGACCAGUACCGCCAUCCCUGGAUGCCGCUUUUCGGAGCCACACGUAGCAGUGAAGGAUUACGCCCUCCUGGUCAUCAAACGAAGGCGUGUUGAGGAGGGGAGUUGUGUGUUUUUUCCUUCUUUACUGGGCAAGACUUUACUUGGGAAAUGGCAGCACCGGCAUCGUGGAGAGGAACGGAGCUGCGGAACGGGAGAGGAAGCCAGAGCUAAAUGACAGGAUGCAUAAAGACGCCUUUCUGCAACCUUAAGACGUUUCUUCGUUUUUUUUUUUUUCCUUUUUUCCUUUGCUCAAGCGGGAAAAGUUUUCCUCCGACGAUCCACUGGAGUUUGGCUUUCGUUUCUUGAUUUGCUUUCUUUUUUCUCACACCACAAGGAUGCAUUGUGGAUUAGUUGUGAUCCUCUUAAUGAGACUCGUCUCCAUUGCACUGGCUUUCAAAAACGAUAAAUGUGGAGAUAACAUCAGAAUCACAAAUGCAAACUACCUGACGUCCCCCGGUUAUCCGCUGUCGUACUUACCGUCGCAGAAAUGCGUGUGGGUGAUCGAGGCUCCGGGACCCUACCAGCGGAUUUUAAUCAACUUCAACCCUCAUUUCGACCUGGAGGAUCGAGAAUGCAAGUAUGACUUUGUGGAGGUGCGAGAUGGUGCGGAUGAGAGCGGCCAGCUGGUGGGCAAGUACUGUGGCAAGAUCGCACCCUCGCCCAUCGUGUCAGCUGGCAACCAGCUGUACAUCAAGUUCGUAUCUGACUACGAGACGCAUGGGGCUGGCUUCUCCAUCCGCUACGAGAUCUUCAAGACUGGGCCCGAAUGUUCCAAGAACUUCAGCUCCACCAGUGGUGUCAUCAAGUCCCCGGGCUUCCCUGAGAAGUAUCCCAACAACCUGGAUUGCACCUUCAUGAUCUUCGCUCCCAAGAUGUCCGAGAUUGUGCUGGAGUUCGAGAGCUUCGAGAUGGAAGCCGAUACCAAGCCACCUGCCGGGGUUUUCUGCCGCUACGACAGGCUGGAGAUCUGGGAUGGUUUCCCUGGAGUGGGUCCACACAUCGGCCGCUACUGCGGUCAGAACACACCGGGCCGCAUCAUCUCCUACACCGGCAUCCUGGCCCUGACGAUCAACACAGACAACGCCAUCGCCAAGGAGGGCUUCUUCGCCAACUUCACCGUCAUGGAGAGGACUGUGCCAGAAGACUUCGACUGCAAGGAGCCACUGGGGAUGCAGUCCGGCGACAUCGCCUCUGACCAGAUUGUGGCCUCAUCCCAGUACAGCCUCAACUGGACCCCAGAGCGUUCCCGCCUCAACUAUGACGAGAACGCCUGGACGCCGUCCCAAGACUCUAGCAAGGAGUGGAUACAGGUGGAUCUCGGAUUUAUCCGCAUCGUUUCGGCGAUCGGGACACAGGGAGCCAUUUCCCAGGAAACCAAUAAGUCAUACUAUGUGAAGUCGUACAAGGUGGAAGUGAGCUCCAACGGCGAGGACUGGAUCAUGUUGAAGGAGGACUCCAAGCACAAGAUCUUCCUGGGCAACACCAACCCGUCCGAUGUGGUGAUAGCAGAGCUGCCCAAGCCCACGCUGACCCGCUUCAUCCGGAUCAGGGCCGUGAGCUGGGAGGGCGGCAUCGCCCUUCGGUUCGAGCUGUAUGGAUGUAAGAUCUCAGAGUACCCCUGCUUGGGCAUGCUGGGAAUGGUGUCUGGCAUGAUCUCUGAUGGUCAGAUCACAGCUUCCUCCCACAUGGAACGCACUUGGGUGUCAGAGAACGCCCGUCUGCUGAUUGGCCGCUCGGCAUGGACUCUGCCACCACAGGCCCAGCCCUACGUCAACGAGUGGCUGCAGGUGGACCUGGGCCAGGAGAAGCUGCUGAGAGGCCUCAUCAUCCAGGGCGGCAAGCACCGUGACAACAAGGUGUUCGUCCGCAAAUUCCGGGUGGGCUACAGCAAUAACGGAUCCGACUGGAAGAUGAUCCAAAAUGCCAGCGGGACUGGAAAACCUAAGAUCUUUGAGGGGAACCAGAACUAUGACACGCCAGAGCUGCGCAUGCUGGAGCCCCUGCUGACGCGCUUCCUGCGGAUUUACCCGGAGAGGGCCGCCGCAGCCGGCAUGGGGCUUCGGCUCGAGCUGCUGGGCUGCUCCAUCCCGGAGCCCACGGCCCCUCCCACCUCACCCGCCGCCUCCACUGCCACCUCUGACGAGUGUGACGAUGAGCAGGCCGGCUGUCACAGUGGCACAGGUGAUGACUACGACACGACAGGUGUUUCCACGGUGACGGAGACCACCACGGAGGUGCACACCGUUGCCGGUUACCACUGGUUUGCGUGUGACUUUGGCUGGGCUGGCAGCCCCACCUUCUGUGGUUGGACAUCAGAGAAGGACAGCAGCUUCAGGUGGCAGAUUCAGUCCAGCGGGACACCAACACUAAACACGGGGCCCAACAUGGACCACACAGGAGGCUCAGGAAAUUUCAUCUAUACCCUGGCCACCAGUGCCCAGGAGAGCGAGGUGGCACGGCUGGUGAGCCCGGUGGUGACAGCAAGGGAUACAGACCUGUGCAUCUCUUUCUGGUACCACAUGUUUGGCUCCCAUAUCGGCACCCUUCACAUCAAGCAGCGUAAGGAGUCCGCCAGCGGUGCUGCUGAUAUCCUGCUGUGGACCGUCAGCGGGCACCAGGGUAGCCGCUGGAGGGAGGGCCGGGUCCUCGUGCCCCGCUCCAGCCAGCCCUAUCAGGUCAUAAUCGAGGGUGUUGUGGAGAAGAAGAGUUGGGGUGACAUCGCAGUGGAUGACGUCAAGGUGCUGGAGGGCCUCAGCAUGGAUGACUGCAAAGACCCUGACGAUCCCACGGACUCCAUGCAACCAGACGACGAUUUAAACAUCAUCGUGGACAUCACCGACUUCCCCAACAUCGAGGACGCCAAUGAGAUCAGCGGAGCAGGGAACAUGCUGAAGACGCUGGACCCCAUCCUGAUUACUAUCAUCGCCAUGAGCGCCCUGGGCGUCUUCCUGGGGGCCAUCUGCGGAGUCGUCCUCUACUGUGCCUGCUCUCACGGCGCCAUGUCAGAUAGGAACUUGUCGGCGCUGGAGAACUACAAUUUUGAGCUGGUGGAUGGGGUGAAACUCAAGAAGGACAAACUCAACUCCUACUCGGAAGCAUGAGGGUGGGGUGGCAAGGCCCCUCUUCCCUGGAGGAAGAGCGAAGGGAACUUUCCAGUCACCCCUGUAUGUGCAGCAAAAGGCCUUGAGGUUACGACUGAGCCACGCCUUUCUCAGGAGAUGCAGUGAGCAAAACCUUUCAGUAGGAGGCGCUGUGUACAAAACUGAAGAAAAAAAAUCUGUACAGUUAGAGGAUAUUUUAAUUUAGGGGUUUUUCAGUUAAAAAAAAAUCUUCAUUUUAACAAUCGGAUGCUGGUGUUGAGACCAACUGAGACAAUGUUUAAAGUAUUUAUCGUUUUUUUCUGGAAGGAAAUUAUUUUUUAAUUUCAAAGCUGUUAUUUUUUUGUAUAAAGACAGGUAUAAAAACCCAAAAUGAACCACACUGACAAAUGUGUAGACUCACAGACCCCCACCUCCCCCCCUUGGGCCGUACAUGGUGCCUCCCACCCCCCAAGCCAGGGCUUUGACUCGUUUAGGGCCCCUUCAGUGCCUUUACUGCAUUCUAGUGGGCUUCUUUUUAUUUUGGAGUGGACGUCGCUUUUGUUUAAGAAGCUGGUCAAUCGGCCAAACAAAAGAAAAUAUAAAACCCUAGAGUGUCGUCACAACCCUACGUAUUGUACAUAAGUCUUAAUAUAUUUUGCUAUCAUUUCUUAAAUCUGCCAUGCCCCUUUUCCCUGGGUUGUGUUCUGUAAAUAAUUGGUCGUUUUGUGAAUGGUAAUUUUUCUGUUCCUUUUUUUUUUUGGAGUGAGAUGUCACGGCUCGGGUUCGAGCUGGCUUUCUUUUCCAGGGGGACCGAUGGACAGGUCCUACUGGCACCUUCUGGCUGCAUGACGCUGAUACAUGCAGGAAAACCCAGCAGGUGCUGAUGUGAAGCUGUCUGCAUUUUGGUUGGUAUCCUGGUCAGUGUUCGCUGGCCCCAUUUUGCCACAGAAAGACGUGUGUUUUGUUAUACCAGUUCACACAGUGAGUGUUUUCCUCCGGGAAGCAAGUGAGGGAAGCCGUCUGUCAGAAAGUGUAGCUGUGGUCCUCCUCAAUAACCUCUGGACUGAUAUCAGAUGCAUCUCACGCCGUGUUUGGCCGGUACCUCGCCAGUACCUGAGUUGGACGUCCUCAUCUUCUGUGCAGGGUCAUCAUCUGGAUUCCAUGGCCAAAAAAAAAACUGAGGAAGACGCCCAAAAUGCCUGUCUUUGUACCAAAAAAUAAAUUGAAGAGCUGAAUCAUUGGGCUGUUUUAUCCGUGGAGUGCUGCCCCGCCUGGACUGACCCAUGGGGACGAAAGCCGGAGAAUCCCAGGCAGUCACUCAUUGGCUGACUUUAACACCACAGCAAAUGGAAAUCAGAACGUUUUAAAACAAGCAGGGUGCUCUAGAUAUUGCUGUAGAUUAGACCUGAUGGAUGUGUCAGCAUUUCAGCGGGCAGGGUGCAUCUGGAAACUGCAUGGACACCAUAACAUCACCCCCAACCCCCCCAAAGAAGCCAGUUCAUCCUUCUGCUUUAACCACUUAACAAGUAGACUGCUUCAUGUCUUUACCAAACAAGUAUCUCCCUUCAGAUGAGGGGGGGACAUUUGCAGUGUGAUAUUACACUAUGGACCAUAGGGAGCGACAGACCUCCCCCCCACCCAGGAAGCUUACUUCUGACACUGUAUCUGACAGUCCCAACACAUGCUGUCGGUGACUGAGGAGACAAUAAUUGAUUUGUUCAUAUAUUUAGCACCCGAGAAAAAAACUACAUACCAAGCCAUUGGUCAGCCAUUCUAAUCACUCCUCGUAGGGGCUUUGUGGCUAGAUUACCCAGGGUGCAUUGCAGAUGCUGGCAGAAAUCUGCACUGCCAUUUACCAGACACUAAAUGGGGGGCAAUAUCUGACCAAUCAGAGCCUUUCUCCCUUACAGACCCAAAAGACACUUUGCGAUUGGACACGAGAUCCCGAGUGUUGUUGUGGAUAUGUUUUAUGUUUGUUUGUUUUUGUGUUUGACACCUAUAAACCCCUAUUCCCAACGAAAAUACCGGAAUGGAGUGUAGAAAAGGCCGUCAGUCUUGUCUGGUAGCUAGACGAAAACGGAUUACUGUAGGGUCACAAAAAACAAGAAACUACAUUGCACUGAUGAAUCUAUUUAAAAUGUUUAUGUGUUUAUAAUAAUCAUUUGUAAAAAAAAAAAAAAAAGACAGUGUUACAAUUUUUUCAUUUUAUAUGGUUUCAGAUUAUCUGAUAUAAUUCUGAAAUGUACAAUUAUUCAAAUGUUUUCAUUAUUGAAAAAGGUAAACAGAUUUCCUAUAGUAACGUUUCCACUUAGGUAGUAUAUUAUCGCUUUGUUUUGUAUUGUCAUAAAGACUUUGUGCAAAUUUUUUUUACAAAAAAAGAAAAAAAGCUUUUAUUUUCAAUACUGCUUCUGUAAUUUGCUGUUGUAGAAAAAGAGGGAUACACAGCAAAGCCUUAAAACUUUAAAUAACCCUUGUACUCCAACUCCCAGGUCAGAAUCACGAAAUUACCAUGUCCCAGACUAAUUUAUGACUACUACAUUCCAAAGAUUCAGCUGGAAAAUAAAUGUUUUGUUACGAUAUGGCAGAAUGGUUCUUAUUUUUCUUUUGUUGCCAUCUUUGUGUUGGAAACAUGCUCUAAACUUCAAGGUGUUUGACUGGAAAUGAGCGCGUUUCACGUGUGAGAGAGAAUUCAACCAAAGAUGUAGCAGGUUCGAUGUCUUUUGUACCGCGUACUGGACUCCUUUCUUACCGUGAUGUGCUCCCCAGACCCUGGAGGACCACUACCUUUCCAUCAGAUUCCGUAUGCACUGCCAGUGACGAUGCUGGAGGGAGCCUGAGCAGGAUCUGUCUCAAACACAGGAAAACCCCACCCUAGAAUAUAACAGGAGAGUUUUUUGUGAUUACUAGUCUACAGGAGAAUUAUGAAGAUUGUGGUGGAACACCGCCCCCGGAUCAAACAUCAGCUUUAUCUGGGUCAAUAAACAAACUCAGAAACUGAUGAUCCAGGCUCUGAUCUGAGCCAGCUUCAACAUCUAUGGGUUCCAGUUGGACUAGAUUGAACAAGCUGGCGAGGUCUAUUCCCGAUUCCAAUGUCAGACAUGAAACUUGAUCCACAGAUGUUUUUUUGUUUGUUUUUUCUUGUGCAAUAAUAAAUAUGUUUAUUAAUU